AUAGAUAUUCAAGAUGGACAGAAACGGUUUCUUUUCCGUCUUCCUGUUUAGUCUCAUUGCAUGUAUUACCGAUAUAAUAGCAGAAAGCAGUUGUAGCUCUGAGAACAUAUCGCCUAUGGUGCAAUUGAAAAGACAUCUCCUAUGCGAAUAUGAUCCCGAUGUAAGACCGGUUCAGUAUAAUAAUAAUAUGACGCGUGUGAAUUUUUAUCUGAAGCCAAAAUUCUUUGAAUACACUCACGAAAGUGAAAUGUUCGUGUUGCAUACGUGGAUGUCAAUGAUGUGGAAUGAUUCGCAUUUGACAUGGGACCCUGCACAAUACGAUAACAUCAAAUGGAUACCAGUAAUAGGCUAUCAAAUUUGGAUACCCGACGUUUUGAUGCAUAAUGGACGAUUUGGAGAAAGCUCAUUGAAUAAUGAACAUUCAAAAUGUUGGGUCUCGAGACAAGGGACAGUUAGAUGGUUUGUGGCAGCAAAAUAUACCUCAAGUUGUUUCACAGAUUAUACGUGGUGGCCGUACAAUACCUUGAAUUGUACUAUACAAUUUGGAUCGUGGUCACAUUCUGGUGAUGAGAUUGAGCUCGUUUCCAAUCAGAAUUUGUCAAAUAUAGAAUCAAAACAUACCGAGUGGAAUUUAGAAAAAAUUUAUAUAACAAAAUGGGAAAACAGAUACAAGUACAAUUCAGAUUCGACCAUCAAAAUGAUCUCUUUUCACUUUAUUCUGAGGAGUCAUUCGAGCAUAAUACGCAUUGUAUAUUUAUCACCUGCUAUAGUACUAAUGGUGAUGACUCUGAUGACACUGUGGUUAGAACCGAAAUCCUUCGAGCGAAUGGUGAUCGCUAAUCUCAAUUUUAUUUGUCAUUUAUUAUGUAUACAAGGCGUGCAUUGGGAAGUACCAAAAAGUGGCUUUAACAUUCCCAAAAUACUCUUCUUUUAUGAGAGCUCCCUUGGGAUAGCAACGUUCGCUCUCAUUGUCACCAGUAUCUUGCGACAUCUGCAAGAAUUGACUACCGAGCCACCCAUGUGGAUUUCAACCGUCACGACAUCCAUUUUGCGUAGUCGAGUUGGACAAAUUCUUCUAGCUAGCAUCCUGGACCCAGCCGUGACAGCCAAGAUAGAAACAAAUAUGGACGAUAAUACCGACCUCGUGCAAUCGAACAGCAAAAAAUCACCAUGGAAAUAUAUUAUAGUGCUCAUAGGAUGGUUAACGUUCCUAAGCGUGUUUCUCGCUUAUAUUGUACUGUUGAGUACAUGUUUCCCUACGUAUUAUACCAUAUAACACAUUAACUCUCUCUCUUUCUCUAACAUACGAAAUAAAUUUAUUUUAAAU